AUGGCCCCGAAAUUCAAAAGGCCCGAUCCAAAACCUCAGUUAAAAAGCACAACCACAAACUGGCCUCCCCUUCGCCCCCUCCUCCCCGCCGCCGAUCUAACCCUGACCCCCCUCCUCCCCGGCCAAAUCUACAUAAUCCGCAACUUCCUCUCAGGCACCCUCUGCAAAACAUACAUCUCAUUCCUCGCCUCGCUACCACUAACAACGACACCGGGAACCCCAAAGAAAGACGAGGCACUACGAGUCAACGACCGGUUCCAAGUCGACGAUGCGCGGUUUGCGGAGAUGUUGUGGAGUACCACCGCGCUGAAGGAGCUUGUCACGACGCGUUUUGAAGAAGACGAGUACGAGGACGACCAGGACACAGAAAAUGAUGGUGUCCUCGCUGAACGCGCACGUCAACUCUGGGGCGGGGAACCGUUGGGGUUAAAUCCUAACAUUCGCAUUUAUCGAUACUCUGCAGGGCAGUUCUUCGGACAACAUUGUAAGAAGCAUUUUGUCUUGAUUGAUGCAAGGAUUUUUGAUGCACCCAAGCAAACUAGUCUGACACCUUUUAUCCUAAUCGCAGACGACGAUGCCAACAACAUAACCCUCCCGCCACCGAACCCGCGUUCGAAAGCAACACCCGCACGCACUACUUGGACUCUCCUAGUCUACCUGACGUCCUGCACAGGCGGUGAAACAAUCUUCUACCCGGAGUCGACACGCGCGAACCGCAAUCCGGAGCCGAUAGCUGUUGCACCGGAGGUUGGGAUGGCGCUGUUGCACCGACAUGGAAAUCAUUGUAUGAUACAUGAAGGGGCUGAGGUUACCGGGGGGGAGAAGUGGGUUUUGAGGAGUGAUUUAGCUGUUCCGAGGUGA